GUGACUGUGAUCUAUACUAUAAGGUGAACAAGAUCUCUUUGUCUACUGUAGUUGCAGCACCAGCAGCAGCAGCAGAAGAGCAGCGCCUGAGCUCCAGCAAUAAUGGCCGAGAAGGGCGUGAAGGUGUUGGGGAUGUGGGCGAGCCCCAUGGUGAUCAGGGUGGAGUGGGCGCUGCGGCUGAAGGGCGUCGAGUACGAGUACGUCGACGAGGACCUCGCCAACAAGAGCGCCGACCUGCUCCGCCACAACCCGGUGACCAAGAAGGUGCCCGUGCUCGUCCACGACGGCAAGCCGGUCGCGGAGUCCACCAUCAUCGUGGAGUACAUCGACGAGGUCUGGAAGGGCGGCUACCCCAUCAUGCCGGGCGACCCCUACGAGCGCGCCCAGGCGAGGUUCUGGGCCAGGUUCGCGGAAGACAAGUGCAACGCUGCUCUGUACCCGAUCUUCACCGCGACCGGCGAGGCGCAGCGCAAGGCGGUGCACGAGGCCCAGCAGUGCCUCAAGACCCUGGAGACGGCCUUGGAGGGGAAGAAGUUCUUCGGCGGCGACGCCGUGGGCUACCUCGACAUCGUCGUCGGGUGGUUCGCGCACUGGCUCCCCGUCAUCGAGGAGGUGACCGGCGCCAGCGUCGUCACCCACGAGGAGCUGCCGCUGAUGAAGGCCUGGUUCGGUCGGUUCCUCGCCCUUGACGUGGUGAAGGCGGCCCUGCCCGACAGGGACAGGCUCCUCGCCGCCAACAAGGCCCGCCGUGAGCAGCUCCUCUCCGCGUAGAUAUGGCUAGUAAUUCUGGAGCAGCUAGUUUCACCGCCGACGCUCAUAUAUUGCUGAAUAAGGACUGGUUGCACUUUUGCACGUUGUGCAGUGCAGCCGAGGUUUGGAUGACCUCUGCCCCUCUGUUCCAUUUCAGAAUGGUAGUCCCAUAAUAAUGCAUAUACAUCAUGCAUAA